GGCCCAGAGACGCGGCGGUGUGGCCAUGGGGCGGCUGGUGGCUCUGGGUGUGCUGGGGAUCGCGCUGGCGCUGCUGGGCGAGAGGCUGCUGGCGCUCAGAAAUCGACUUAAAGUCUCCAGAGAAAUCGAAUCCAUCGACCUUCCCAACUGCCAUCUAAUUAAAGGAAUUGAAGCUGGCGCUGAAGACAUUGACAUUCUUCCCAAUGGCCUGGCUUUCUUUAGUGCGGGUCUGAAAUUUCCAGGACUCCAUAGCUUUGCACCAGAUAAACCUGGAGGAAUACUAUUGAUGGAUCUAAAUGAAGAGAGAGCCAGGGCACUGGAAUUAAGAAUCAGCCGAGGAUUUGAUCUGGCUUCAUUUAAUCCACAUGGCAUCAGCACAUUCAUAGACGACGAUGACACAGUUUAUCUCUUUGUUGUAAACCACCCUGAAUUCAAGAAUACGGUAGAAAUUUUUAAAUUUGAAGAAGAAGAAAAUUCUCUGCUGCACCUGAAAACAAUCAAACAUGAGCUUCUUCCCAGUACAAAUGAUAUCAUAGCCGUUGGACCAAUGCAUUUCUAUGCCACCAAUGACCACUACUUCUCUGAUCCUUUUUUAAAGUAUUUGGAGACGUACUUGAACUUACGCUGGGCCAAUGUUGUUUACUAUAGUCCAAGUGAAGUGAAAGUGGUAGCUGAAGGAUUUGAUUCAGCAAAUGGGAUUAAUAUUUCACCUGAUAAAAAGUACAUCUAUGUGGCUGACAUAUUGGCUCAUGAAAUUCAUGUUCUGGAAAAACAACCGGAUAUGAAUUUAACUCAAUCAAAGGUUCUCCCAUUGGAUACCCUGGUGGAUAAUUUAUCCAUCGACCCUUUCUCUGGGGACGUCUGGGCCGGCUGUCAUCCUAACGGUCAGAAGCUAUUUGUGUACAACCCGAACAAUCCUCCUUCCUCAGAGGUUUUGCGCAUCCAGAACAUUCUGUCCGAGAAGCCAACAGUGUCUACAGUUUAUGCCAACAAUGGCUCUGUCCUCCAGGGAAGCUCUGUGGCCUCCGUCUACGAUGGCAAGCUGCUCAUUGGCACCUUAUACCACAGAGCCUUGUACUGUGAACUCUAAAUUGUCACUUGGGUGUGUAUGAUAACCUCCAACCAUUAAUUUUCUAUGAAUCACUCAUUUUGAGGAAAUUUAACAACAGUAUUGACACAGAUCUGUAUUGUAUAGUUAAUUUUACUUCAACAAGGAAAGUCUCCAAUUCUUAUAGCAUUUUAACA